GAGGCGCUUCGGUAACAAUGUGGUUCCUCCUUCUUAUCUACAUUGCUCACACUGAGCUGCCGACCUUCUUUGAGGCAAGUGAACUUCUACAAGGUGAGGAGCGGCUCAUUCUCAGAGGUGGAAGAGAACCGUGCCAUGGCCAUGCUGAAAUCUACUAUAAGAACAAAUGGGGCUACAUUGGCGAUAAACACUGGAACCGGGCCACUGAAGAAGUAGUGUGCAGAAGCACUCACUGUGGGAGUCCUGUGGAGAGCGCCAUGGAGAAUGAGCUACGGCCCAUAAAUAGCACACUGUGGCUCAAUGAAGUGACAUGCAGUGGAGAAGAGAAUCAUCUGUUGCACUGUAAAUAUCCCGGUUGGGGACUCUGGGACGCUUACCGGGUGGUAAAAUGGAUUGAAUGUUCAAAUAAAAUCAGAAUGAGCCUGGAUGGAUUUGUCUGUGCGGGUGCAGUCCAGUACUCCAUAGAUGGGGAAACCCCGUCAGGUUACAUUUGUGCUGACGGUUGGGGACAAAAUGAAGCCAACUCUUUGUGUCAAAGCCUCGGAUGUGGCAAUUCCACGGAGAUUGCCAUGCACAAAUGGAGGAAAUGGAAGGGAUUUCAAAAAUCGAACAAGAUGAUGAUUGACUGUGCAAACAUUCAGCCCAUGACUAGCCUGUGGCAGUGUGUAACUCACGAAUCAACAGAAUGUAAAAAUCCUGCCAAUGUCGUGUGCAAUGGUUUCAAGAGAUUGCAACUCAAAGGACACACACAAAAUGUCUGCUCUGGGCAGCUUGAGAUGGAGGAAAAUAGCAGGUGGAUUCCUGUUAAAAACAACAAAACCAGUUCUGAUGUGCGGUGUCAGCAAAUGCACUGUGGUACCGCAGUCCGCCCGAGUCGGGAUGAUGAUAAUGGCACACAGCUGACAUGCACAGACAAUGUCACCGUGGAGCUGACUGGCAGGUGCUAUGGUGUGGUUCAAGUCAAGGUGAAUGGUCUGACACACCCUGUGUGCGCCUCCGCCUGGACACAAGCAGAGGCCGACGUGGUGUGCAACGAGCUAAACUGUGGGACUGCAAUAAGUCAUGAGGCUCAGAAGUCUAAACUACAAGGGAUAAUGGACCAUGUGAGUUGCCUCGGCAGUGAGUCCUCACUUUGGCACUGUCGGGCGAUGCAUGAAGACGGUCUCAGAUGUUCGUCCAAGGCUUACGUAGUCUGUGCAGGUAGUGUAAGCGUGAGGUUGGAAGACGGUCCUGGAAAAUGUGCUGGUAGACUGGAGAUCCAAUAUGAGGGCAGAUGGAAACAAGUUUAUGAGCAGAAUUGGACAGACACCAAUUCAAAUACUGUGUGCAAACAAAUGAACUGUGGGAAUAAACACCUGUCUCCCCAUCGUGACAAAUUCAUCCACGGUUCAGGCGAUUUUCUCACAAAGACUGUGGAAUGCAACACAGAAGCCUCAACCAUACAUGAGUGUUUUCCAAACAACCCAAAAGGGCCAUCCAAGUCGGAGGCAGUGGGCAUCACCUGCGAGGAGCACAAAGUGGUAUUUCUGAAGGGAGAUGAUUCCUGUUCUGGCACGGUGGGGAUAGAGCACGGGGACCACACCUACUGGCUCUCCGGCUCUAACGGGACAUGGGACCAAGAUACCGCAAAUGCAGUGUGUCAGCAGAAGCACUGUGGCAAGGCCUCUGCCUUCUCUGCCUCCGUCCUUGAUAAUGAUACGAAGAUAGAUGUUUGGGAUAAAUCCUACAACUGCUCAUCUGACACCAAAUCCCUGUUUGAAUGUGAUACUCAGACGCAGUCAUCUGACCACAAUGAUACUAUUGCAACAGUGAACUGUUCAGGAAAAGUAACCAUAGAACUGACCAACAAGUGUUGGGGGACCGUCAAUGUUUGUGUGGACGGGAAGUGCGGAGGUGUGUGUGAGGACACCUGGACAGACAGCAAGUCUGUGAUGCUGUGUAAAGAGCUUGGCUGUGGGGACACUGUCUUUCGUGCCAACAAUCAGCCUGGAGAAAGACCCGUGAUGUUGGUGAAGAGUUUGUACACUACCAAGCAGACGACCCGCCUGACACAGUGCAACUUUGUUAUGAACGUUGAAAACAAAACCACCUGCAAAUCAGCUUAUGUUGUUUGCUCAGGCAGUGUAAAGCCCAGAUUUAUCACUUCCAGAGACAAAUGUUCUGGAAAUGUGGAGCUUUCCUAUGAAGGCGAGUGGCUCCCUAUGUGCAUGAAUGGGCUCAAAGAGAAAGAAUUACAAGACACCAUCUGUGAAGAGCUGGACUGUGGUCAGGCUGAAAAAACUGUAGACUACUUCGGACCGAAACCAGCAGGGGGUCGUGUCAUCUCCCAACUUAAUUGCUCUACAGAUGAUGCAAAGUCAUUAUCAGCAUGUCCUCCCGUGUUUAAAAAUGACAUCUGCACCCUUGCUGGCCUUCAGUGCAAAAACUUGAGAAAGAUGACAGUGAGCGAGACCUGUAGAGGAGCUGUAUCUGUUUACUCGAAUGGCAGACUUAGUGCCGUUUCCGCUGAAGGCUGGACGGAAACCGAAGGGCAGAGGCUUUGCCGGGAUUUGCAAUGUGGCGGCUUCAAGUCCAAAAAGGUUUACAAUACGUCGCAGGAGCUUUCUUUCUGGGACAGGAGCAUCCGCUGUGAAAAUGACACAAACAACAUCUGGGACUGUGAAAAGCCAGCCACGGCCUCGCAGAGGCAGCAGCUCAUCAUUGAAUGUCAAGAUAAGCCCAACGUCACCCUGUCAGAGAGAUGUCAUGGAGCAGUGAAGAUAAAUGGAACUGAAGUUUGCAACAGUCACUGGGACAUGAGCUACUCACACUUGCUUUGCCAAGAGCAGAUGUGUAGCAACGCUGUAGUUAAUGUCUUCACCGAUCCCAAACCAAAUGCUGACUACUACCACAUCAGCUGUGAUGACUUCCAUCACGAACUUGGCCAGUGCAAGAGAGUCCAGGGAAAAUGCAACGGGCAGUUGGUGUCAGUUUACUGUGUUGGCAAUGUCAAGUUCAAGACCAAUAAAACAUGUGGAGGUCAGCUACUAGUCAAUUAUCGAAACAACUGGGAAAGAAUAUGCCCCCUAAACUUUUCCCCGGCAUUUAAGGAAAAGCUGUGUCAAAAGCUUGGUUGUAAUGGUCACAAUGAUAGUACAGUCAGAAGUGACAACAAGGAGAAGGUCACCUUGGAAACAGCACUGGAAUGCUCCGCUGACCACAACGACAUCGAGCACUGUGUCAUAGAAAAGCGUUGUCAAGGAUUCAGACCAGCUGAGAUCUACUGUAACGGGUAUAAGCUUCCACCAAUGAUUUUAGAAGUGUCCAAGACGUCUACAACACUUAUUAACCUGGUAGUGGGAUUGGUUAUAGUCCUACUGAUUAUCAUAGCUGUACCAAUCUGCAUUGUCAAGAAUGGCAAGAAUAUAAUGAACAUCCCUGCGAGACUGCUAUCAAGAAAAGAAGUAGAAUGUGAAAGUGGCGAAUUUGAGGAAAUCGGAAAGACAGCAAAUGAAAUGGAAGACUUCAGUCAUGGCAAGGCUGAAGUCAUCAUGGAGCACGACGCACAGAGCACUUCCUCUUUUCCUUACGAUGACAUUGAUGAAGCGGUUGAGGCUCAGCUCCUGACGUCUCAGGGUGCCACUUCUGAUGCCUCAAGAGACAACUACAGGCGUGAAGAUGCCCUCGACCAGGGUGAUGAUGGAGAGAUCUACGAGGUGGACGACCCACUGGAGAAUUAUGACGAUAUUGAAGCCAGCCCUGAAAUUACACCGAUUAAAGCUGAAGUCUACGACAGGCCCAAAACCACAUGUGAAGGUGGCGCAGUGACACCUCCAGGACUGGUGCAGGGGGAUGUACAGUAGAUUACCUGGUGCCAGACCAAGAUAGGUGAGCCAAAACUGGGUUUAAAUCCUACUGAAAUCAAAUCAAAUCUGGCAAAGCUAAUCUUUACUCUGACCAAAAAGGAAAAACAUAUCCCAACAGACAAUAUACAAGUUUUUUUCAUACAGCAGACACCUUAAGUGGUUAAAAUACACUUACUCUAAAAAAUAAAACAAAUUUUAAAAAAGCAAAAACAUUUUGUGUAAAAAUUCAGACAAAUGAAUGCGUCACUUGAUAAAACAAGUUCAGGGUUAUGCAUUUUUAUAUUUUUCAUGAAAUACAUUGUAAAUAAUUGUAAUUACGUCUUCUGAUGAGGAAAUAAAAUAAAUCACAUUCAUUGUGCUGACGCUUUUAUCCAAAGCGACUUACAAUUAUCGGUAGUGUUAAGGGGCACUAAGGACUGGGAUGAACCCCAACUUUCUGUACUAAGGUCGGCGGUGUAAAGCACUCAGCUAUACCAGCUGCUGAUAUGUUUUGAACAGAAAAUAAAAGUGCAGUGUUAUACCUUCCAGCAAGAUGAAGUCACCUUUAUUGCUCACUUUAUAUGUAUUACUCACUGUAAAAAGCCUGCCAUUAAAUCACCAAUCAAAAAAAUGGUUAAAUUUUCUUUUUGUUCAAAUGUACAAAUUUGUUAUUAAAUAUAUUAGAAAGUU